AUGAAUACUGCCUCAACUUCAGAAAGUGGAUCAUAUUCCACAAACCACCCAGGACCCUUUAUUUAUGCACAGUCAUCAGCUCAACAGCCUUAUCCAAAUCCAUGGUACCUCAGUUAUGCAUACAGUCCAUACUGCGUACCUGCUCCAGGCUUCCGAAGUGGAAAUCCAUAUUUUCCAUUUUAUUCUGUUGCGCUCCAUGAGUACCCUAGAUUUUUUGUCCCACAGCAGCCAGUGCAUGCAAGAAUUAACAGAAGGCCUUAUUUUAAUGCUGCCCCACCUUCCCCUAUGUUUUAUCAUGCAACAAGAUUUAGACAUUAUAAUAGCCCUGGGAAGAAAAUGGAGACAAAAGAAACACAGACUGAUCCUAGACAGCCUGAAAGCAAGCAAAAAAGGCAUCAAGAUAUCCGUGCAGAAACGAAAGGUUGUGAUGCAGGAAAUACAGCCUGUGUUUCUCCUGGUAUAGGUACAGAGACUGAAAGCAGUUCAGAGAAACAAAAUUCCUUUGGCUCUUCUAUUGUGGUAGACAGAGAGUUUCAUAAUAAGAACCCUGCCAGCUCUACACAGUAUAGAAGUCUUCCUUCUGGGAGCUAUGCCUUUGAGAAGGAAGAAGUGAGGAUAGAAUAUGGAAAUGGCUCUCCAGCUAUUCAGCUGUGGAAGUCCUUUAAAGAAACAAUCCCAUUGUAUGAUGUGGCAAGUGGUAAACCAGUUCCAGAGAACAUAGUGCCACAUGACUUAUUUUCUGUUAGCUCAUGUGAAGGCAUGAUAUAUGGCCCCCAUGAAGGGAAGAAUAUGCUGCCAGGGGCUUCCUUAGAUGAGAGAAAAGCUGUUGUCACCUCCAAACAGGGUGCUGAAGCUGUGCAAGAGAAAGAUGUCCAAAAUAAUGAAGUGAAGGUGGGUGCAGAAAAGAUGGCAAAAUCCCCCCCAGGUGAAACCAUGGCAGUGCAAAUCACAGAGUUGGCAAGAUCUGUUGGUGUAGAUCAACCAGUGGUAAUAGCUAAGAAAUCUGGCACUAAAAGGUCUGCAGGAUCAAAAACUUCUCAAGAAGAGCUUGGCUUUAGUCAACAAGCAGGACUAUUUCCAUCUAAUAUGGAGGUAAUGAGUGACUUUCAGCAGAAAAAGCUGAAUUUAAGCCACAGUGCAACCAGUGAAAGUCAGACGGAAAAAAGUAUUUGGUGUGACAAAUCAAUUGAGAAGUUUGCUCCCUCUAGCAGCUGGCUGGCUUGUUUGGACAGUAUGGACACAAACUACAAUGCCUGUUUGCCACAAAGGAAGCGUCGAAGUGUAAUCAGUCUGUCUUCUGAUGACAUGUCCUCUGGAGAGGAAGGCUCAUCAACUGAUAAUGCCCCAGUGUCUUAUUUUGUGCCUGACUAUGUGCUUCAGAAAAGCAUGUAUACUCUUCAGAAAAGUACAGAGGGCUUAGAGCAAAUUAAAAGUGGUGGAUCCCCUAAUGUAGAUGAAGUGGUAGAAAAGGAGCAGGUGAACAGCCUGAAUGACCAAGACGUCAACUCUUCAAACACAAAGAUCAAAGAGACUUCAGGUAAAGGUAGAAAGCUGGGAGCCCUUUCUAGGUCCUCUAGUAGGAAAGAAGUCAAUUCUCCCAACAAAAAAGCAACUAAGAGUUUGUCAGAAGUUGAGGACUCUGAAGAAUAUUCUGUGAAGGGAGAAGAGGAAGAUGAAGAUGGAGAGGAUGAGUAUGAGGAGGAUGAGGAUGAUGACGACAUGGAUGAAAUUGAGUGUUUCUUUCAAGAAGCCCCUCCAUAUGGCAUCUUGAGGCCAAGUAAAGGAAAUUUCUACCAAGUCGGCCAGAGAGUGCUUUGGAAACCAUCUACAAAUGUUGUACCAGCACAAUUAAUUAGCUGGCCUGCUCAAGAGAAAAUAAAAACUAGGAGUGGGCUUGUUGAAAACAUUGGUGUAGUUUACAAGCCAAAGAAGAGAGAACAAGAUGAAGUUGUAUACAGUGACUAUGGGUAUUAUGGAAGAAAGAGGCCUAUGACAAGAAGAGAAGGACUUGAACACCAGCGAAUGCUACGGAAAUUCUUGAGAGGAAGGCUGUUAAGAGAGAACAUGGGGAUACCACCUGAAGAGUACUGGAUAAGAAGUGGUGCUAAACCCAGAUUUAUCAGCCAAAUACGUGGUAGUUUCUCACCUUCAGCAAGGAGCAAAGAACAAGGUACAAAAAAGGGAGGGAGGAACACCACGGACCAGCUGAUGAAAGUCAUUGUUAAAUUUGCCUUGAGACUAUACAUUGGAGAAAUAACACCAUUUAUAUCUUGUUAUUUAGUGUGCCCACCUUUGGUUAAAGCAAAGAAGAAAAGAAUGGGCAAGCCACCUUCAAAACGCAGAGACACAAGACAUGAGGUGGAAGAAGUAGAAAUGUGGGAGCUGCCUAAACACAGCGUGCACAAAGGUUAG